UCUCACUAUUUUCUCUCCCUUGGUUUCAUCCCACUCUCUUUUCCCUUUCCUGUCGUUCUCUCUCUCUCUCUCUCUCUCUCUCCUUGUCUUGCCGCCGAACCACUACACUUAGAAGGAAGCUUCUCCUUUCAUCAAAUUUUCCGCAACAAAUCAUCUUAGAGCCGGAAAAAGUUACAAGGAUUUUGAACGAAUUUUGGUUUAUUUCAUUCUUUGAGGAUCGAUCGGACUAAUAAUAAUGGAUGUGAAAACAAAGAGAAAAACUGUUACAGAGAAUGGGGAUACUGGGGAGGACUUGGUUCUUGCGACUUUGAUUGGGAAUGGCGACGAUGUGGGCCCUCUCGUUAGGCAUGCAUUCGAGAUGGGGCGGCCGGAAUCACUCCUUCACCAGCUCAAGCAUGUUGUUAAGAAGAAGGAAGUUGAGAUUGAGGAUCUCUGCAAGACUCAUUAUGAGGAAUUCAUUCUUGCGGUCGACGAGCUUCGGGGCGUGCUGGUUGAUGCUGAGGAGCUGAAAGGUGAGCUUUCAAGUGAUAAUUUUAGGUUGCAAGAGGUUGGGAGUGCUCUCUUGAUCAAACUUGAGGAGCUUCUUGAAUCUUAUGCAAUUAAGAAGAAUGUGACCGAAGCUAUUAAGAUGUCAAAGAAUUGUGUCCAAGUGUUGGACCUUUGUGUUAAGUGUAACAAUCACAUUUCUGAUGGCCAGUUUUACCCUGUGCUGAAAACGGUGGAUCUGAUUGAGAAAACUUACUUGCAGAAUGUUCCUGUCAAAGCACUUAGAACUAUGAUAGAACGAAGAAUUCCGGUAAUCAAGUCUCACAUUGAGAAGAAAGUUUGUAGUCAAUUCAAUGAGUGGCUAGUGCACAUAAGGAGUUCCGCGAAGGUCAUUGGACAAACAGCAAUAGGUCAUGCCGCCUCUGCACGUCAGAGGGAUGAGGAAACGCUAGAACACCAAAGGAAAGCAGAGGAGCAAAAUAUUUCCGAAUUAGAAGAUUUUUCUUUUUCUUUAGAUGUGGAAGAAUUGGAUGAAGAUUCUGUUUUGAAGAUUGAUCUGACACCUCUUUAUCGGGCAUAUCACAUCCACACUUGUCUAGGAAUUCCAGAGCAGUUCCGCGAUUAUUACUACAGAAAUCGUAUGUUGCAGCUUAACUCGGACCUGCAGAUCUCUUCGGCACAGCCUUUUGUUGAAUCUUAUCAAACAUUUUUAGCUCAGAUUGCGGGUUUCUUCAUAGUGGAGGAUCGGGUUUUGAGGACUGCUGGAAGUCUACUUUUAGCUGAGCAGGUUGAAGCAAUGUGGGAAACUGCUUUGUCGAAAAUGACUUCUGUUUUAGAGGAACAGUUCUCCAAUAUGGAUUCCACAACCCAUCUUCUUCUGGUGAAGGAUUAUGUAACUCUUCUUGGAUCUACUCUUAGACAAUAUGGUUAUGAAGUUGGUCUGCUCCUUGAAGCGCUAGACAAGAGCCGAGACAAGUACCAUAAGCUUCUUCUUGAAGAGUGUCGUGAACAGAUUGUUAAUGCUCUUGCUCAUGAUACCUAUGAGCAGAUGGUUAUGAGAAAGGAUGCUGACUAUGAAAACAAUGUCUUGUUAUUCAACCUUCAGACCUCAGAAAUAAUGCCUGCCUUCCCUUAUAUUGUGUCGUUCUCCUCCAUGGUGCCCGAUUGUUGUCGCAUUGUCAGAUCGUUCAUUAAAGGGUCUGUAGAUUACUUGUCUUAUGGGAUGCAUGCUAAUUUUUAUGAUGUUGUGAAAAAGUAUCUGGACAAGCUCCUAAUUGAUGUGUUAAAUGAGGUACUGUUGAGUACAAUUGAAAGCGGUAGCAUUGGCAUCUCUCAGGCCAUGCAGAUUGCUGCGAACAUAUCUGUUCUCGAAAGAGCUUGCGACUUUUUUCUUCGAAAUGCGGCUCAGCUAUGUGGGAUCCCAAUACGGUCGAUUGAGAGGACUCAAGCUAGUUUAACUGCAAAGGUGGUCCUCAAAACCUCAAGGGACGCAGCUUAUCUCGCUCUUCUGAAUUUGGUGAAUAGCAAGUUGGAUGAGUUUUUGGCGCUUAUGGAAAAUAUCAAAUGGACUUCAGAGGAGUUAUCCGAGCAUGCAAAUGAUUAUAUGAAUGAAGUCAUUAUUUACUUGGACACUGUUUUGUCCACAGCGCAGCAAAUUUUGCCUUUGGAUGCACUCUACAAGGUUGGAAGUGGGGCUCUUGAACAUAUUUCCAACUCGAUAAUGGCAGCUUUUCUUAGUGAUAGUGUCAAGAGGUUUAGUCUCAGUGGUGUUAUGGGCAUCAACACUGAUCUGAAGAUGUUAGAAUCUUUUGCGGAUGAAAGAUUUCACAGUAUGGGCUUGAGGGAGCUGUCUAAGGAAGGUAGUUUUAGAGGCUGUUUGAUAGAAGUGCGCCAAUUAAUCAACCUUUUGUCGAGUAGUCAGCCUGAGAACUUCAUGAAUGCUGUGAUAAGGGAGAAAAACUACAAUUCUUUGGAUUACAAGAAGGUGUCCAUUAUUUGUGAGAAAUUUAAGGAUUCCCCUGAUGGAAUCUUUGGAAGCCUCGCAAACAGGAACGCAAAGCAGAGUGCACGCAAGAAGUCAAUGGACAUACUGAAGAAAAGAUUGAAAGACUUCAACUAAGGCCCAGAAAAUCUUUUAGCGUCAUAAUAUUAGGAGUCAGUGUUCUUGAGACUAUGUUGAACAAGCUUCGUUGGUAUGAGCAUCAGUCCAAGCAGACAAGACAAGGCCAUCAUGUUGCUCAACUUGCACAUCUUCUUCAUGUCCUUGUAAACUACAAAAAAGGUAUUACCGGUAUACCAAUUUCACUGGGAUUCGUUUUUGCUA